GCUUUGGAGGAGAUGACACAGUUUUGAAAAAGUUGGUAUGCGCAGCUUGCUAUAGGGGUGUGAUUGACGCCUUUCUGGCCACACACUCUCUCAAUUUUAUCACGGCCUCAGUGAUUAUGGGAGUCCAGAGCCCUUCCUUGCAGAGCUCUUUAUUUACUCUAUUUAUUCUCUCUUUCUCCCUCUCUCUCUCUGCAGCCUGUGAGAUGGGAUUCUAUAAGCCGGUGGCGGGCAAUGGCCUGUGUGGUAAAUGUCCUCAUCACAGCCACUCGGAGACCAGAGCCGCCCUUUCCUGCCCCUGCGACUCCAACUACUACAGAGCGGCAGAUGACCCACCAGCAGCUCCAUGCUCCCGCCCUCCAUCUGCUCCGGUAAACGUCAUCUCCUCAGUCAAUGGGACGUCCGUGAAUUUAGAGUGGGAUCGCCCUCAGGACACCGGAGGUCGCAGCGACCUGAAGUACAGCGUGUUGUGUCAGAAAUGCUCGGGGGAAGGGGGGCCCUGCGGGGACUGCGCGUCCUCCCCGGGAGGCGCCGGUGGCGGGAAGGCAGGCGGAGGGGCGAGUGCCAGCGUCGGAGGGAUGGUGGAGCGCUUGGGCACCGCAGCGGUUCGAUUCGUUCCCCGCCAGACCGGGUUGACGGAGCCCUGGGUGACGGUGCUCAACCUGGUGGCUCACACCAACUACUCCUUCCGUCUCCUCGCCAUGAACGCAGUGACCCACCUGAGCAACGAGCCGUCAACUUAUGCCUUGGUCAACAUCACAACGAACCAGGCAGCCCCCUCUGAAGUGAUGGAGAUCCGGCAGCAGAACACCAGCCAGAACAGCGUGAUCCUGCUGUGGCACGAACCCAACCAGCCCAACGGAGUCAUCCUGGAGUACGACAUCAAAUACUACGAGAAGGAAAAUGAAGCACACAGUUACUCCACUCUGAAGUCUAAAAAUACCAGCGCCCGGGUAUCGGGGCUGAAGCCGGGCACCAAGUACAUCUUCCAGGUCCGAGCCAGAACGUCGGCGGGUUGCGGAGACUUCAGCCAGAAUGUGGAGAUUCAGACUGGGAAAGCAGCUCCUCUGCGCUACAACACCAUGACCAUCAUCUGGAUCUGCAUGGCCCUGGUGUCCGGCCUGGUCACCUUUCUGGCCAUCUUCAUCUGCAGGAAACGGCAAGGCUACACUUUACCACACUACCCAUCGCUGCUACACUGUGGCUACAGCAAAGCCUUCCAGGACUCUGAUGAGGAGAAGAUGCAUUACCAGAACGGUCACGUGUCAUUCCCCGACGCAAGGUUCUACAUCGACCCGCACACGUACGAGGACCCCUGCCAGGCGGUCCACGAGUUUGCCCGAGAAAUUGAAGCUUCCAGGAUCAAAAUAGAGAAAAUCAUUGGCUCAGGGGAGUUUGGGGAGGUGUGCUAUGGACGCAUGAGACUCCCGGGGAAGCGAGACAUCCCAGUGGCCCUGAAGACCCUGAAGGCGGGAUACACGGAGAAGCAGAAGCGGGACUUCCUGGCGGAGGCGUCCAUCAUGGCCCAGUUCGACCACCCCAACGUCAUUCGCCUGGAGGGAGUGGUAACCCAGAGCAAACCGGCGAUGAUCAUCACAGAGUACAUGGAGAACGGCUCUCUGGACUCCUUCCUCAGGAGGCACGAUGGCCAGUUCACCGUCAUCCAGCUGGUGGGUUUGCUGCGCGGCAUCGCGGCAGGUAUGACCUACCUGUCUGACCUGGGCUACAUCCACAGAGACCUGGCUGCCCGCAACAUCUUGGUCAACAGCAACCUGGUGUGUAAGGUGUCUGACUUCGGCCUGUCCCGGGUGCUGGAGGACGACCCCGACGCUGCAUACACCACCAGUGUGAGUUUUCACAUUGAGGGCGGGAAAAUUCCAAUCCGCUGGACAGCCCCCGAGGCCAUCGCCUUCAGGAAGUUCUCCUCCUCCAGCGACGUGUGGAGCUACGGCGUGGUCAUGUGGGAGGUGACGUCCUACGGAGAGCGACCGUACUGGAACCUCACCAACAGAGACGUGAUCAAAUCCGUGGAGGAGGGCUACAGGCUGCCCGCUCCCAUGGGCUGCCCCGGUCCUCUGCACACGCUCAUGCUGGACUGCUGGCAGAAGGACCGCAACGAGAGGCCGCGCUUCUGCCAGAUAGUCACCGUUCUCGACAAGCUAAUCCGCAACCCGGAGAACCUGAAGUCCAUGGACACGCUCUGCAGUUUAAACAGUCCUCCGCUGAUGGAGAGAGCUAUCCCCGACUUCAGUAGCUGUAACUCAGUAAACGACUGGCUGGACACCAUAAAGAUGAGCCGCUACAAGGACCACUUUGCGGCAGGGGGUUACCAAACUCUGGGACACGUCAUAAGCAUGAACCAAGGGUAAGUGCUGACGGUGAUCAGAGGUGAUGGUCUUCUCAGAUAAUCAGUUCGACCACUGUCAUUUUUCUGCAUUUUACUUUUGUUAACUGCCACCUCCGCGGUUCGAUCAUCCAUUGAGCUCCAGUCACAAGCAAGAUAAACCCUCAGGAUC